UUCCCUUUCCUUCUCCUACCUUCCUCACUACAUUAAACGUUUUUCCGGCAAUGUUGUCUGAAGUAUUCAUCGCCGGCGACCAUCUCCCUUCUGAUGGAGCCGGGUUCUUUGACACCGAAGGUUUUACUCCUUCGGAUACCCAAGAAAACCAGUUCCUUUUAUCACCCCAAGAACCUGUCUUCUCCUUCUCCGGCUCCGACGACUCCACCCCGAAAACAAACAGCUCUGACGAUGCCACCGUGAUGGAUGAACGUAAGAGGAGACGAAUGAUAUCAAACCGGGAGUCAGCACGGCGGUCGAGGAUGAGAAAACAGAAGCACUUGGAGAACCUGAGGAACCAGAUGAACCGGCUUAAGACGAACAACAGGGAAGUUGCGAACCGGUUACGGGUUGUGAACCUCCAUGGAAAACUCGUACGGGAAGAAAACCAGAGGCUCCGAUCGGAAUCGGUGAUGCUUCAACAAAAACUAUGGGAUAUACGUCAAGUACUGCUUGUCCGGCAGCUCCACCACCAGUUACUGCCAUCUGCAUGGCCAUGCAAUAAUAACGUUACGUCCAUCUACGAACAAUACCCACCAUCAUUAAUCACAUAAAUACCUCAAAUUUAUAAAAGAAAAAAAAAAUACUCCAUAAAUAAGUACCUAAUUAUUACGUGCAUUAAAGCAAUCGCAAACUCAUGCAUUGAGAGUCUUGAAAUAUAUCUUUGUAAAUUGGAAUCACGUAGGUCGAAUUAAGAAGAAAGAACUUUGGGGGUUUUCUUUUUGUUUUUUUAUUGAUCUUUUAGUUUUUGUGAUAUCUUGAAAAUGGUGGCGUUGAAGAACCAUCGGUGUGUUUAUGUCAAAACCAGAGUAAUCAUUUUGUGAAGAUUCCUCUGAGUCUUUUGCUCAUCAGAUAUAGUUAAUGAAUGAAUAACUCAGUUUGCUUCUCGUGUUA